UCUGUUUUACCUGUGUUUGUGAUUUAUGUCAAGAGGACGUGGAAGUUUCAAUAGAGGCUAAACUAACCUAACCUCCAUGUUCACAGGGCGCCAUCUGCCUCGAUAUUCUCGGAACGGCAUGGUCUCCAGUCGGUACAAUUAAGACAGCGCUGCUUGCCGUACGAAUGCUUCUCGAAUCGCCGAACCCGAAGGAUCCCCAGGACGCCCAGGUGGCCAAGAUGUUGAUCGAGAACCCCAAGCUGUUCGCCCGAACGGCGCACGACUGGGCCGUCAAGUAUGCGGGCGCGCCCAGGGUGGACGCGAUUCCUCUCAAGUAUGACGAGACCUCAAAGGAGGGUUCGAGGAACGAUGCCAGCAGGGCAAACCAACACAGAUAUGCUGGCUAUAAUAAGGACCUGGUGGAUCGUUUUGUCAACAUGGGAUUCGACGUAGAAAAAGUGGUCGAUGCUUUUAUCUUCGUGGGUAUUGACCGGAACGGAGGCGCCGACUACGAACUCGAGGAAGCAUACAUGGGCGACAUCACCGCGCGGCUCCUCGGCGAGCAGUAACGAUUAUUUUAGAGAGUGAGGGAUGGGCAUUGAGAGCAACAACCGCGGUGCUGUUUGGCGAUGCGGAGGUGGGAUUACAUAUCAGCACUCUGAAAACCGGAAGGAUUUAGACUUUCGAUAGCGAACGGCGAAA